UUUUUUUUUCACAUCUGUGGUCUACUGAUACACUUUAGCUCUAAGGCGUCACUCAGAUUAAAGAUAAGGGGAUAAAACAGGAAGAAGACUCAAAUAAAUGAUGAGAGGACAAAUCCACAAGACAAGACAAAUAAAAGAGGACAAGUCCAUCAGGCACUGAAAAGAUAGAAACAGACAUUCAGAUGGACAUGGAUCACUGCACAGUGAUGGUGCUGCUGCUUCUGCGGUGGAGCUCAGUGCUGGAGGCUGAAGUAAACUACACCUCAGCAGGAGCUCUGUGUGAAACAGCUAAAGCUGACAUUGUGAUCUUACUCGACGGGUCUUCGAGUAUUCACCACCAAGACUUUGCAAAUAUCAGAAGAUUUAUUUCUGAAAUAGUUAAACACUUCCAUAUUGGCCCCAACAGUGUCCAGAUUGGUCUGACUCAGUACAGUAACAGACCAGAGAUCGAGUGGGGACUGACCACACACAACACCAAAAGGUCUCUGCUGAGGGCCAUCAACAACAUACAGCAGCUUCAGGGUUCCACAGAAACAGGAAGAGCUCUGCAUCACGUUCUACAUCGGAGCUUUAAACCAACUGUGGGGAUGCGUGCCGACUCGAAAAAAAUGGCAGUUUUAAUCACAGAUGGACAAUCACAUGAUGAUGUGGAGUCUUCUGGAAGGAACCUGAAAGACACUGGAAUUGAAACAUUCGUGAUUGGCAUAGGUGAUUCUGUUGAAAUUGUUGAACUGCAGCUCAUCGCUUCUGGAGCUUUUGAAACACACUUAUACUUAACGCCGGAGUCCGAAUCCCUCGAAGGUGUAAUAAACAUCCUCACCAGCCACCUCUGUCAUAGUGCUACUACCACAGACUCUGUCAGAUUUGUGAAUGGAACCGGUCUGUGUUCAGGCAGACUGGAAAUAAAAACCUCCCAGUCUGACCAGUCCAAUCAGUCCUGGGCCGCAGUGUGUGAAGCUGACUUUGACCAGCAGGAUACAGAGGUGGUCUGUAGGGAGCUUGGCUGUGGGCCUCCUUCAGUCCUCCAGGGGACGCUCUAUGGAGAGCUUGGAGCUCCAUCAUGGACACCAGAGUUCCAGUGUGAGGGAACAGAAUCUUCUCUGCUGGACUGCAAAAGAUCAGCCUCAGUUAGAAAAACCUGCUCACCUGGCAAAGCUGUUGGACUCACCUGUUCAGAACCUGUCAGGUUGGUGGGAGGAGCCAGUCGCUGUGAAGGAACACUGGAGGUGAAACGAAGAGAGUGGAGACCAGUUAAAGGUCCAGACUGGUUCCUUAAGGACGCAGCUGUUGUCUGUGAACAGAUGACCUGUGGUUCUGCUGUUUUUGUUGAAAAACACGAAGAUUCCUCAGUCAGCUCUGUGUGGUGGAUCAGUUCUGACUGUCUUCAGUCUGGAUAUCCUCUGAAAGAGUGUGCAUCAGGAGAUUCUUCUUCUAGCAUCCUGGAUGUUACCUGUUUAAUCUCUGUCAGGUUGGUGAAUGGAACCAGUUUGUGUUCAGGCAGACUAGAGGUGAAAUCCUCCUGGUCUCACCAGUCGAACCAGAACUGGUCUACAGUAUGUGACACUGACUUUGACCAGCAAGAUGCUGAGGUGGUCUGUAGGGAGCUUGGCUGUGGGUCUCCUUCAGCCUUCCAGGGAGCGCUCUAUGGAGAGGUCGAAACUCCAAAGUGGACCACAGAGUUCCAGUGUGGAGGAACUGAAUCAGCUCUUCUGGAUUGUAAAAGAUCAGGCUCUGUUAGAAACAGCUGCUCAUCAGGCAAAGCUGUUGGACUCACCUGCUCAGAACCUGUCAGAUUGCUGGGAGGAGCCAGUCGUUGUGAAGGAACACUGGAGGUUAAACUGGGAACAUGGAGACCAGUAGAUGCGUCAGGUUGGACCAUGAAUGAAGCAGAUGCAGCCUGCAGAGAGUUGGACUGUGGUUCUGUUGUCUUAUUGGAAACCAGAAAUGAUUCUUCAUCCAGACCAGUUUGGAAGAUUGAGCUUGGCCUGCUUAAAUCUGGAUCUACACUGAGGGAGUGUGCAUCAUCAUCAUCAUCAUCAUCAUCAUCAUCAUCAUCAUCAUCUCAGUCUUUCUCCAUUGUGAUGCUUGUAUGCACAGACCUGCUGGUUCAGCCAAUCAUUUUGGUGUCCUCCAAGGAUGAGGUCACCUCUGCCCUCCACCAGAGGUCAGCAAGAGUGUCUCAGGGCUCCAGCUUCACCAUCAGCUGCUCCAUUCAGCCACAGUAUCCAGGGGGCUCCUUCCAGCUCUCCCUCACCUUUUCCAACAUAACAUACAGCUACACCCAGCUAGCGAUCAAUCACUCUGCACACUUCCUGUUCCCUGCUGCAGAGCUGUCCCACAGAGGAAGUUACAGCUGUGUUUAUAAAGUCCAUGUUUUUAGUCAUAACUUCUCCUCUGUAAGCCAUCUGCUGACUCUGACUGUCUCAGAUCCAACAGUUUUCAUCAUCAGAACCUUGGUCCUGCUGCCUAGUCUACUGAUCUUCAUCUCUCUGAUUUACUGCAGCCAUAAGACCACCAAGGGGCAGAAGACGGUUCCACAAAAGAACCUAAAGCUGAAUCCUGGAAGAGCGGAAGGAGAACAGGUGGAAGAAGAUCAGGAGGAGGCAGCUGUUUAGCGUCUCCACGUGGUGGAGAACACAUACUGACGGAAAAAGCUCUUUAAAUGAAAACCAAACGAAAACAACAAAUCACUCAAUCACAACCAACCCCCUGGUCCUCUGUUCCUCAGUCCGAACGCCAUGAAGUUUUGUUCCUGCUUUCAUACCUCUCCGUCCCUCAUGUUCCUGGGGUAUCAUCAUAUCUAUUGCUUGUCCCACAUACUGUCCCAGGGCGACUGUGGCCUGAUGGGUUGAGUAGUUGUCAGGCAAUCAGAAGGUUGUGGGGUCGAUUCCAGCUUGUGGGUUCGAUUCCCCUUGGGU